AUUUCAGAUCGCGGAUGAAGAUAAAAAUAGCCACAUCAAUGUCUGUUUAUAAUUACCAGCUUCCCCCAUCAGCUGAUAAAAGUGGGUUACAGUUUGAUAAGACAAAUACGAACUUAACUUAAAAUUUGGUUACCUGUGCUACAUAUAUAUUUGACGGGGGAUUUUUAGGGAUUGGAGAAGGAAUCGGGGUGAUUUCAAGAUGGUCUCCAGGAUCAACAAGAAACGUAGCUAGAUUAUCAUGCGUGGAUCCAGAAAUUUUUCCCAGGAGAGUGCAUAGUUGGAUGGUCACAAACAGGACAUGAGGCUCCAUGGUAAAGUUGUCUUGGUCAUAUCCCAUUGUUAACGUAAUGGUCCAAUAGGAGCGCAGCCCUCGGGAACAAAAUUAAUAUGUUCUACGGGUGGAUUGUGGUCCUGGCCGCCGCCAUUAUAAGGAUUCUGGUCUAUGGAAUCUCCUACACUUCCGGUGUAGUGUAUGUCGUCAUUCUUGAGAACUUCAAGACAGGGGCUGCAGAAACGUCAUGGAUUUCGUCAUUAAUUACCGCUAUGACGUUUUUAGUCACGCCCCUAGCGGGUGUUUUAGUUAACAGAUUCGGAUGGCGAAUUGUGACCUUUGGCGGGGGGAUAUUGACCUGCGCGGGACUUCUGCUGAGUACUGUAUCUACAAACCUGGCCAUGCUGUGCUUGUUUUAUGGAAUUGUCACAGGUGCAGGAUGUGGAGUCGCCUAUAUGAGCGGAAGUCUUGCUGUACCAAAAUAUUUCCAGCACAAGAAAAUUCAAAAUCUUGCUGUUGGUGUAGCUUCGGCAGGAGGUGGGGUGGGCUCCUUUCUCUUUCCGCCGAUCGUGCGAUAUCUGGACAAUGAAUACGGAUGGAAAGGAAUGUUUAUGAUUCAAGGUGGAAUUGCGCUUCAUAUUUGUGCAUUUGGUCUUCUAUACAGACCGCUCCCAAAUCGAGACGAAAACGAAAACCCAACAAAAAAAGUCAGACGACAGAGUUCUGUGCACGUGCCUGAACCAAACGAUUGGACAUUUCUUCGCAGCGCUGUGUUCCACUUUGUCUCUGUGAACAAUUUUCUGUUUUCAUUCGGUGCGUCCAUCAUAUACGGGCACCUGGCUGCCUAUGCACAGUUUCAUCUCCAGAUCAACAAAAACGACGCAGCGUUCCUGUACUCAGUUAUCGGAAUCUCCAUUACGAUUGCCAAGAUCACUCAAGGUCUAGUCGCAGAUUUCCACACUGUUCACCCGAUCUUUAAAGCCAUCAACCAGUAUAUUCUUUUUUAUACUAUCGGAGGCAUAGCGACAGCGUUUUUAUUGCUGGAUGCUGGGUAUGCCGGAUUGGUUAUAUAUUGCAUAUUUUUUGGAACGAGUAUGGGAGCCAAUGGCGGAUCCUUGAUUCCCGCCAUUCUGAUGGAGAUGUUUGGUCAGAAUAAGCUCUCCCUGCCUUAUGGGGUAGUUUUAGCUGAAAUGGCUAUCGGACAAACUCUAGGAGCACCAGCUGCAGGAUGGAUGUAUGAAAAAUUAAAGAACUACCAUUAUCCCUUUAUUAUGGCUUCGGUGUCCAUGCUACUGAGUGCCCUCAUAAUGAUCUACCCUCGACGAUAUCUAAUGAGGCCCCAUAGGGAAAAUAAUUCCAUCGUAAUAGACAUUGAGGUACCUGCAGUGGAAAACGACAAAUCUUUGGAAGAGAUCGAGGCGACGGAAGCUACAAGUUUUAUUGAUGAGAAAAACACCAACCUUAUUCAAGAUGGUUUAAUUACAGAUCCUUAUGAUUCAAUCGUAUCGAAUAUUUUAAAAGCAGACGACGUAAAAGAUGUUGGAGAUCAAGGAGAGGCACUAGCUGAGAACACAUACCUUAUGCCAGAUGACGACAAGAAUGUUAUUUCUAACAGACGAAGGUCGACGGAUGAUUUUCCGAAUAUGUAAUAGAACAAUCCACACUUUACAAAUGUUGUUAACUUUUGCGGGGGUCACCCGAAGCUCAAAAGGUGAAAACAAGUAACAUACCUCUUCUUUAUGCUAUCAAAUAAUUUUGGGUCAUGUGUUGAAAUUGAUUUGAAUUUACACUUUCCCUUCAACGUAUGGAUAGCCCCAUACAUGGGCAAUCAAAAGACAAGAAGGAAAGAGAUUUUUUGUCAAAUGACAAAGUUUAAUUAUAAACUGCAACUGCUUACGUUAGUAAUUUGUGGAUUUUCUCCCUAGUAAGGAAAACAAGGGUCAUCACUUUACUAAGUGUGGAUUGGUCUAUCAUAAAUAUUGAAAGAAAUCCGCUUUUUUUCUUUAUUUUGUAAAAAACAGACUUGGUUAUAGCAAUGGGUACAUUGACGAAUUUCUAUGGAACAUGAUAAUUAUUUGAGAUAUUUGUUUUAAAAAUUGAAUUAACAUUAAGGGGGAUCAUGACGAUGCAGUUGAAAUUGUUGGCAAUGAAUUUUUGGGUUUUUUUUGCACAUGAACAUUAAGAUGUAUUCUUCUACAUUUUUUAUUUUUGCAGUCACUUUCUUUCCUUGCAAUGGAGGUAGUUUGAUAUGAAUCCUCCCUUUUUUCUGGCAUGAUUUUUUUUUUACAACUUAAGUUUUCUGAGAUAAACCAUUUGAUCGAUUUGAUUUGCAAAUUUAUUACAUCAUGGCCUUUAAUACAUAGUAAUCUCACAAUUUUACGAAAUAUUGAUUCCAAAUUUGAAAAGAAUGUGAAAGGUUUUAAAGAUACUAAAUUAAUUUUUUAAACAUAUUUUCAUAGCAACCCUAGAAAGUGCUCCAUAGCAAAUAACACGCUCAUUGACAAGUGUUUGGCGUUCAACGAAGAUGCUACAGUAGAAAUCUCCCCUACAUGUAACAAUGUAUAUUUCUGAAAUUACGAUUUGUUGUGACAGUUUCUCUUUUGAAACAUCUUAAAAGUAAUCCAUUCUUUAGAUUUAUUUAUAAACAUUAAUAGAAUAAUAAUGAGAAUAUAUCUAUGAUUAAAUUAAUUAUUUUUAUUUUUUAAAUCGAUAUUUCUACCAUUGAAAAGAAAACAUUAGAAUUUACCCAACUCAGUACUUUUGAAUAGGAAAUUUUACAUAAAACAACUAAUCAGAAAACGUCUGACUACUUAAUAAGAACUUUAAAAAAUUGGGUUAUUUGGGGAAAAAUCGAAAUGGGGUUCUUCUUUAUUAUACCUCUAUAUAUAAAUUAUGUAAACGAGUCAACCAACCCGACUUUCACAAUGUUUAUUACAUUUUACUAUGUAUUCUAUAAUUACUGUCACGUGAUCAACAAAUUAUAGGUCACGUGACCUCCCUUUGAUAAAGCGUGGAAUUAACGAGGCCGAGUACAGAACGAGUACGCACGCUUUCGCGCAGCGUUUCAUUUGUAUUGUGACGUCAUCUUUUUGCUUGUUUGACGCCAUGGCGUGAUAGUUUUAUCUGCAGAUAUUCAGCGAAAUUUGUUGAAAAUGGCUCGUUUAAUGCGUAAAAUUAAUGUUAUAUUGUGGAAUAAACAUAACUGUCUCGAAGUAUAAGCUAUAUUUGGGCUCGGGUCGAAAAAGUGAAGAGGGUUCAGCAGGCCAAACCCUCUGUCACGUUUUCUUAACCCGCCUAAAUAUAGCUUAAUUCAUAUAUUUCAAGACAGUAACCAUGUAUUUUAUAUUAAUGACCCUUAAUAUGUGAUGUUAUAUAUUUUUUUAUUACUUAAAUAUGUCUGAAGGCUUUAAUAAUACUAUAAAGAUCACCUUUUCCGCCUUUGUCAAAUAAAAAAUAGCCAUUAUCUGACAAAUCUGGGAAAUUGGGCAUACAAAAAUCAACUUUGAUAAGACCCCUGAAACAAACCAGGAGGUAAAAGGUUUUUUUUGUUUGACCAUUUGAUGCCUUUUAGCAAUAACUUUAAUAUGUAGAACAGAAAAAGAAAUCCCUAAGGCAGAAGUUUAAAAAAAUGUGCAAAAUUGAUACAUUUCAAGCGAAAUCCCAUAGGGUCCUAUGUUAAAGAUUACCAAACUUUGAGAUGACCCCCUAAACAAACGGUGUGGUAAAUGUCUUAUUUUUUAAUCUUAAAAUAAUAAUUAUAUCAGUAGAAAUUCAGGUAAAAAAUUUCAUUAAAAAAUCUAGGGCAGAACUAAUUAGACCCGGCCUCGUUAAGAAGAUCAUGAUACGUCAGAUUACGGAGAAAUUAGUUCUUCUUAGUAGGGCGAGAUGCCUGCCUUAAUGACACUUGCAAUGAACAAGCACUGUGUAUAUUUUAAGAAUGCCUUACAGAAUCAAAAUGUCAUGUCAAAAUGAGAUUAAACUCAAAACAAUAAUGAUGUUAUUCAUAAAAGUUUGUUAAUCUCUUCUUUUAUGUGAUAAUGCAAAAAACAAAUCUAGUCAUUGUUUUAAAAUGGUUUUUUUACAAGUUUAAAAUAUAUCUGAAUCAAACAGUUUCAGGUUUUCGUUUAUGAAAAUUAUGCUUCUUUUUGGUUCUUUUGACAAUUAAGGUUUUACUUAAUUGUUUGACAAUGUAAAUCGAUGUUGAUUGUUUCUGUUUUUAUUACAAUUGUUUUGUUUAUUAUGAUCAAAACAAUUUAAGCAUUUGUUUGAAUCUCACAUAUACAAAAUACUUUUAUGUUAUGAGAAAUUGUAAUUUUUUAUAUAUAUCUAACGUGCCGUUUUUAUAUGUCGAUAAUAGCUAUAUACAAGUUGGUGCAUUUCUUAAAAAAAAUAACUGACUAAAGAUUUAGUUAAUCUUAAUAACUUUGUCUUAAAGUUGUUAAAACAAUAAAAUGAAAAGAUCGAAUAUUUUAAAAGCAAGAAAAAUUAUGAUUUUAAAUAGUUAACAGUCAGUACUUAAAAAAUAUCAUAUAGUCAUUGUUUCCCUACUUUAGUUGUGUUUUAAUUUGCUGAUGAAUUCAAAAUGUAAAUGUAAUAUGCCCUGUAUUUCGUGUAUGCCUGGAACAUUAAAUGGUUGAAUAGGAUCUCAUAGUCGUUUUGGUGCAUACCUACGUUACAUCAUUAUAACAUCUUUUAAAGAUGAAAUUACAUUAUCACUAGGUGAUAGAUCGUAUUUAUAAGCAUCAUGCUUAAUUUUAUGAUUUGGUGUUAUUUGUUGGAGAGAGAGAGAAAGAGAACAAAGAGAGAGAGUAUUUCAAAAUAAUCUUUUGUUUGCUUAUAAAAUGAAAAGAAAUAAACAAUUGCAAUUAAA